AUGGCCGCCUCUCCUUCAUCCGACAGCGAUAGCAACUCAAGCCGCUCGACUUCGCCUGAGCCCGAUAACAAGCAGAAGCAGACUUUGAAGGGCCAAGCCAAGUCAAAGGAGCAGGUUGAAGACUCGAGCUCAUCUGGUUCGGAGUCCGACAGUGAUGAGAGCUCCGAUGAGAUGGACACCAGCGAGGAUGCUCCUCAAGAGAAACCGACUAGCAAGAAAAUUACUAUUACCGGUCCUCAGCCGUACAAGCCUCCGUCUGGCUUCAAGGCCGCAACCAAGCAAACCCCGCCAUCCUCGGCCUCUUCUUCUAUCCUGUCCAACUUAAAGGGAAAGAAAGUCAUUCACAUCACCGCUCCAUCUUUCCUCCCCUUAUCAAAGGUCAAGGAAAUCUCCAUGUCCAAGAUCUUGAAGGGCAAGCCAAUCCUUUCAUACGAGGGCGCCACCUAUGGAAUCCCCGCCGAAUCCCUUAACGAAGAGGACCCCGAGGGCAAAUCCCUUCUUAUCUUCGACACGAAAACCAAGACCUACCAAAAGCAGACCGAUCAAAUCCCUACCUAUCACAUUCAGGAAUUAAUGGAUGUACCGGAGGCUGAUCUGGCGGCCAUAGAAGCCCUGCGGGAUACCGUCAAGCCCGUUCGGCCUCAACCCAAGAACCUGAAGAUGCGUUUCCGACCCGUUGGUAGCUUGCCGGCUCCACCAGAGACUUUGGGCUCGGACUCCGAGUCUGAGGGACCUUCAUUCAAGGCUCCUGCUGCAGAGAAGGAGCGCAAGCGGAAGCAUCAUCACACCGAGGCUGAGUCUGGGGAGACUACCCAGGCCGCUAGUCUGCCUAGUCGCAAGAAGUCGAAGAAGCACUCUGCGCCAGAAAAUGGCGAGGAGGAGAGCCAUAAGAAGUCGAAGAAGUCCAAGGAUGGAGAGGAGAAGAAGCGGAAAAAGUCUAGCAAGGCAUGA